AUGCUUGAAACCUGCUGGACACAUUUUGUUAAUUUUGCCUACCUUUAUGUAGAUAGCACCGUAGAAUUUCAAAAACGAUUCUUGCUUUUGAUAUUCAGGAUCGUCAAACCUACGUGUGACUCAAAGUUCCGUGUCGGCAAGAACGAUACAGUUGAUUUUAACGAAAUUUCCAAUGAUAACACUUCCUUCGUGUUUUCAAAUUUCAGACUGAUGAUUUUCAUGCUUUAUGGCUACGUGAAAUUGCAGCCAGUCCUAUUGGAGACCCACAUUCACACCGUUCUGGACCACAUCCAUUAUGAGUGCGCCCCUUUUACGCAGUCCGACUUCCAAGCAGUGUAUACUGAUUUCAUAAAUAUUCUGGACCUCAUUAUACAUCGACUGGGUAAUCAACCCAAGCCGAAGCUGAAUGAUCGGUUUGUAAUCCACGCAGUUACUAGCCUCAUGAAGGCAUUCGGUCGCCGACUUCAGGAUUAUUUCAAUUCUUCCACUUUAUUCCAACAACCAACACGAUUCAUGUGUGCUUUCCAAGCCGUGGCAAAAAAUGAAAUUGCCAGGGUUACUUGGGAAUGGAACUAUGACAUCAUCAUCAAAAGGAUAACUGGAAACGUACUGGUGAUUUGUUCGAAACGCAUAAAGGCACUUAAGAACAUCACCACUGGUGGGUUUGCCAUCUUCUCGGGACUGGUUUACACUGAACUCCUUGAGCCCUCACCAAACAUGGUCCUGGAUAUCUCCUUUAAACUUCCCAUCGAAUUCAUCACGGUGGACUACAUCUGUGCCAGAUACAACCCUACAGCAAAGAAGGACAAAUAUCUAUGGGACACCCGAGACAGCUGUUCUAUGAAGGAACGAAAAGGUACGACCAUUCGGUGUAUUUGCCGGCAAACAGGAUACUAUGCUAUCCUUUACCCACAGAAAGACAUCGAAGCUAUUGGUAUAAAAUUUUACGGAAUUCUUCGGAGCUACAGAAUGUAUCUCGUUCAUGCUGUAACCAGUGGAUUUCUUUUAUUUGGAUUGUCAUAUCUACUGGCAGUUCAACUCAAAAUAAAGCAAAAUAAAUCUCCGGUAGAUUCAGAAGCUCUGUCUUACAUCGCUGCUUUCAAGUUUUAUGCUGCCAAGUUUGCCAAAGUUAUGAAGAAGUCUAUCUUGAGAACCGGGCCGGAAUUGGCGUUGACCGCAUAG